CGGUGCGGGGUGAGUGCUCCUUGGUGCUGCUAGAACUUUAGGGAAAUGACCUCAAGAGAGUGACUCACUGACUUUUAAUUCUUUCCAGAUUCUUUUGGGUGGGUGGGUGAGUGUGCCUGUUAUGUUACAUGCUGAAUGCUGCCCCCAGGAGGAGAGGAGUUUGCCUUUCCCAGAGAGAUGGCCCCGAACCAGCAAGUUCGCGCUGUCAGCCUGUGCAGCGGCUGUUGCAGAACUAGUGACCUUUCCCCUGGAUCUCACGAAAACGCGACUGCAGAUCCAAGGUGAAGCUGCUGUUUGUCGGUAUGGAGCUGCUGCCGGAAGAGCUGUACCCUACCGUGGCAUGCUACGUACUGCAGCAGGGAUUGUUCAAGAGGAAGGCUUACGAAAACUCUGGCAAGGAGCAACACCUGCCGUCUACAGACACAUAGUAUACUCCGGAGUGCGGAUGGUUACAUAUGAGCACAUUCGUGACUCUGUGCUUGGUAGAGCUGAAGAUGAGAGCUUUCCUCUUUGGAGAUCUGUAGUUGGAGGGAUGGCAGCUGGUGCCAUUGGUCAGUUUUUUGCCAGUCCAACUGAUCUGGUGAAGGUGCAGAUGCAAAUGGAAGGAAAGAGGAGACUAGAAGGAAAACCAUUACGAUUUCAUGGAGUGCACCAUGCAUUUGUGAAGAUCCUGUCUGAAGGGGGAAUUCGGGGCCUUUGGGCUGGUUGGGUGCCAAAUGUCCAAAGAGCUGCUCUGGUAAACAUGGGAGAUCUGACUACUUAUGACUCAGUGAAACAUUUUUUACUUCUGAACACACCACUUCAGGACAAUAGUGUGACUCACAGCAUUGCAAGUGUGUGUUCUGGCCUGGUAGCCGCUAUCCUGGGAACUCCUGCUGAUGUCGUCAAAACACGGAUAAUGAACCAACCAAGAGAUAAACAGGGAAGAGGACUGCUGUAUAAGUCUUCUGCAGACUGCUUGAUUCAGGCUAUACAAGGUGAAGGAUUUAUGUCUCUAUACAAAGGCUUUUUACCAACCUGGAUGCGAAUGGCUCCUUGGUCAUUGGUAUUCUGGCUUACCUAUGAACAAAUUAGAAGGAUCUGCGGAGUUAGUUCUUUUUAAGAUCUUGAAAGCAUGUAUUAAUAAUCACAUAACAAAUAAAACAGAAUUGGAAAUACAGUAGAUCAUCAAUAAAACACUCCAUCCCUAAGGAAACUGGUUAUUGUAGGAGACUGGCAAUAGUCUCUCACCUUUAGGUCAUCACUUCAAAUUCAGUCUCGUUAAUAGUGAUUUAAUAUUACCUUCUGAUUGCCACUUGACAGACUACAGUACAGUAAAACCUGCCAAGAGCGACCACUCAUGGGAGUUAGCAAAAGUGGUCUCUUGGAAGAGGUGGUCACUCUUCAAAGGUUUGCACAUGGGAGAGCAUUGGCUGCUGGCUGGGUGCCCGGCUCAGCCAUUCUCACCAGCAAUGCCAUCACCAGCAAAGUGCAGAAGUAAGGGUGGCCUGAUAUGGUACACUAGACUCCUACUGAUAAGCGAAGAUCAGUUUCUCCUACAGGUUUGUGUUUAUGAAUGGGAGUAAAGAAAAUGUGGUUGCUGGUUGCAGAUGACAGGUCAUCUCUCUUUACAGUUUCUUUGCAGUUAAAUUAUAAGGGAAAAACUUUCCGUGGCUUCUGCAAGUAGUCGCAUGUGACAGGUGGUCUCUCUUCAGAGGUGGUUGCUAAAGCAGUAUAUAGAGUUGGUGGUCUCCAUGGCAUAAGUGUUCAUCACAAAAAACACGACUCCCAACUAGCAAUAAGUACCAGCCGUGCUGGAAGAUUCAGCAGAGGCAAAAUAACUUACUGAGCAAGUACACUGAAUUACCUUUUUAAUCCUAGAGAGGGUUCCUGUAACUGAGGAUAAGACUUGAUUGAGCUCUAGGUAGUGCUAUAGAACAUGUACCUUUUUAAUCGUGCAUUAUACAUGUUCUGUGGAUAAAUAAAAGACUUGAGUGUAAAUUUUGGAGCCUUUCAUUAGAAUUAGAGAGCGAGAGAGAGAGAGACACACACACACACACACACACGCCCACUCACCCCCAAAGGAAAAUCUCCUGUAGCUAUCUCUUCAUUAGAAGUCUGUCAUUUCUUAGCAAACCAAGCAUUAAGUAAUAGGUGCUGUAAUAGGUUAAUACAGUAGAUUCAGCUGUGCAGACCUGGCCUCAGAUAUGUUUGAUAUAACAUGUGAAAGAAAUUGAUAGGCUCAACUUAUUUCUCAAUGGAUGUAUACCUACUUCACACCACCACUACCUGAUUGGAGACACUACUGUGCUAUUGAUGAAAUUCACCAGUACAGAGGGAAUCACAAUGACUAGAGACUGCUUAAGUCCCACAGCAGGUCUUUUGGACAGAGAUGUCUUUUGAGAACGCCAGUGGUAAGUUAGCAGGUCAGGACUAAUUUGUACCAGCAGAACUUUGUGUAAAAACAUGUAUAGUACCUGCCCUCAGUCUGCCUACAUCAAGGACGGGCAAACUUUUUCGCCUGAGGGCCGCAUCUGGUUUCCAA